ACCAUAUGUUCUGUGGACGAGUCAAGUUGAAAUAUAAACACAACCGAGCAAAACCGUCCGUGUCUUAUGAAUUGAAUCGGAAAUAGCCGCUGAAUUAUUUCAUUUGAUUUGUUAGAAAGGAGGAAGUACUUUAUUUGAUCGAUCAAAAAACAUUAUGAUUUCCGAAGUAGACCUCGUAAAUAAGGACAGUACAGUACGAGUUGCUGUCAGAAUUCGACCUCAAAACUCAAGAGAACUAAUAGAUAUGUGUCGCAUCUGUACGACAGUAACUUUUGGAGAGCCUCAGAUUUUUCUAGGGUCUGACAAAGCCUUUACUUUCGACUAUGUCUUUGAUACUAAUUCGAAUCAGUGUGAUAUAUAUUCGGAAUGCGUGGAACGAUUGGUGGAUAGUACGCUGCAUGGCUAUAAUGCCACUGUGCUGGCUUACGGACAAACAGGAUCUGGAAAGACGUAUACGAUGGGCACAGGUUUCGACCAUGAAUCCGAAUCAUCGGAGUCCGUUCUACUUGGCAUAAUUCCACGGGCGGUUCGCCAUAUAUUUAGUGGUAUCGAACAACUGGAGGCCUCUAGCUCAAGCUCCGAACUGCCAGCGGCUGGUGGAAGUCCGCAGUUCAGUCUGGCUGUUCAGUAUAUCGAAUUAUACAACGAGGACAUAUUCGAUCUGUUGGACCCAUUUAACAAAAAUAGCAAUUUUAAGAUACACGAAGACGCCAGCGGACAAAUAACCAUAUCUGGGGCGUCAAUAAAGCCAAUCUACCAACCGCAAGAUGCCUUAAAGUACCUUCAGCAAGGAGCUUUAGCUCGCACCACUGCUUCAACGAAAAUGAACGAUCAGUCGUCGAGAUCCCACGCUUUAUUUACGAUUUUCGUGCGCAGACAACGUUUACUCGCCCCUAAUGACAAUGUUUCGGAUAACGAUUUGGAAACCCUAACUUCCAAGUUUCAUUUUGUUGAUCUAGCGGGUUCCGAAAGGCUCAAAAGGACUCAGGCCACAGGAGAAAGGGCUCGCGAGGGUAUAUCCAUCAAUUGCGGGCUUCUCGCCCUGGGUAAUUGCAUUUCGGCGCUAGGAGAUAAAUCCAAGAGAGCUUUGCACGUACCCUAUCGGGACUCGAAACUGACCCGCCUUCUUCAGGACUCUUUGGGCGGCAAUAGUCAGACUCUAAUGAUCGCCUGCGUGUCGCCAAGCGAUAGGGAUUUUAUGGAAACAUUGAACACCUUGAAGUACGCCAACCGAGCACGAAAUAUUAAAAACAAAGUGAAGAUAAACCAAGAUCAGAGUUCUCGAACGAUAUCCCAGCUGCGUAGGGAAAUUGCAGCAUUGCAGAUGGAGCUAUUAGAAUACAAACAGGGAAAGCUUGUGGUAGAUUGCGAAGGAAACACAACUAUUUCGGAUACAUUUAACGAGAAUACGUUGCUUCUUUCGGAAAUCAAACGACUACAGCAACGCCUAAAGUCGUUACAAAACACCGUCGUCACUUUGACCGAAAGGAAUGCGGAACUGAAGAUAAAAUUCGAUUCCAAUAAGUGGACUAGUGACGAUAGCUCUGAUUUUGAAUUAACAAAGGUGGUAGGACAAUAUAUGCUGGAGAUCGAACAACUCCAGACCAAACUAAUUGAGUCUGAAGAGCAUCGUAAGCAAAUGGAGAUUUCGGCAGCACAUUCACCCAGAAACGCCAAGCCCGUUUAUGAUGGUGAUAUAAUAACAAAGGCUAAAAGGGAUUUGGAGAGGGAAAGGGAGAUGUUAAUGUCGCGUUCAUUGCCUGGAAUACAAAAUCAAAACGUUAGUUCCGAAGAAGCAGAAGUUAACAGUAGUGAUUCGGAAGCAGAGGGAGUAGUAAAAGACCUGGAAGCCAUUGAUAACGAUAUCGAAAUGAGAACGAAGCUAAUUGAACAGUUGGAGUUGACCAAUGAGCGAUGUGAACUAAUGCGAAUGCACUACGAAGAAAAACUAUCUGUGUUGUAUUGCAAAAUCGAGAACACGCAAAAGGAACGCGACGAUGUUCUGGCAAAUAUGGCUUCAUCUGUAUCAGUUCCAUCAAAGGAUAGCUUGAAAAAAGUGAAGACAGAUUAUGAGGGCAAGAUAAGCCACAUGCAAAUCGAGCUCAAGAAAUUGCAGAAUGCCCAAAGAGAACAUCUUCGACAACAGCAAAAGCUCAAGUCCCACGAAGUCAAGAUAAAUACGCUGCGCAGUGAGCUGAAUGAAUUGAAAUUCACAAAAGUUAAGUUGAUGAAAAAAAUGUCACAACAAACCAGUCGCCACAAGGAAGAGGACAGUCGAAAAUCCAAGGAAAUUGCUCAGUUAUUAAAGGAACAGCGUCGUCAGAAAAAUGCCGUAUUAUCUUUGGAGGCCAAAGUGACUGCAAAAGAGCAAAUUCUAAAGCGAAAAACCGAGGAAGUUAUUGCCCUUCGCAAAAGUCAAAGGGGAAAGUCCGGCCAAAGAGCACCUCUUCACCUGACUUCGAAAAUUGCCACUCUGGAUGGCUUCACCUCUCGAGCCGCACGACAUCGAUGGGAAAAUCUAUAUCGCACCAUAUUACACGCGGCCAGAAACAGGCAGCUAAUCACGCAGUUGGAAAAGGAGCUGGAGCGACUAAUUUUGGAGCGAGAAGAUCUCUCCCGUGAGCUGAACAUAAUGGAGAAUAGUUCGGGAGCCGAAAGGCGAACUGAUGAGUUCAACGAAGUGGACAAUCUGAAAACAAACAUAAGUUAUAUUCAGGAGAAUAUAGAGCAUGUGCAGCAGGCUAUAAUGGAGUUCGAGGAUUCAAAAGACACCAUGCAGAGCGAUGUAAACAAGAUUCAGAGCCUGUUGGACGAGGUCUCAACCGUGGCGGAGGCUAAAUUCAUUCUUCAGAAGUUCUCCGACAGCUCCAUAGUAAUGUCCUGCAAUUUGGCCAUUGCCGAAUCUCAUUCACAGGAGCAAGAAUCGCUGCUGAAGGAGGCUAAGCAAGAAAGCAGCAUUCAACAGCAAAUAUUACAACAUUUCCUAACGCAAAAUAGUAAUGUGCAUAUAGCUGACAUAUUUGAUUCCCUAAAUCUCAAGGGCAGUAACCUCGUAAAUAGUGUAAAUCCAGGCUCUCAAAAGUCGUUAGUAAGCAACGCCACAUAUGACAUCCCGCAGGAUGACAAAUUGUCGGACUCUACGCACGUGGAAAUGCGGAGGACGACGAGUAGAAGUCCUUCACCGUUUGGAAAUGCAGAUCCGUUUGACAAAAGCCCCAAAGUGCGUAGAAGGACUGCCAAGCGACAAGAUCUACUUUUUGGAGACAUGGAACUUCCAGAACAGACUAAUAAUAAAAUGACGUGA